CAAAACUCAAAAUCUUUCUUCGACCCAAGCUCGAGCAUUUCUACUUCUUCCCUCCUCUCUCUCUCUCUCUCUCUCUCUCUCUUCCCCCGCUCGCCCUAAAAUCCCAAAAAUCAUACACAGAUCACAAAAGAAUUAACCCCAAAAUGACAGGUCUUCUCUCCUUCAACGCUCGCCCCCCUCUCCUCUCUCCCUUCCCUUUUCGCUCUAAACCCUCAAACCCUCUUCUCCCCUCAAAUUUCUCCCGAAAACGGGCCGGAUUCUUGGUGGCGAGAUCGGGCUACGGCCCGCACCUCGCAGAUCUCGGGAGCGCAGCCCAGGAGAUAAUUGAGCGGGCCGAGGGUUUCAUUUACACUGUGGCUGACGCUGCAGUUUCUUCUGCCGUUGAUCCUGCUCUCGUCACUGAGGAUUCGAAGAAGAGCAGCGAUUGGUUCUCGGGGAUUACUAAUUAUAUGGAGACCGUUCUUAAGGUUCUAAAGGAUGGACUUUCAGCUUUGCAUGUUCCAUAUGCUUAUGGGUUUGCAAUCAUUCUCCUCACUGUUAUUGUAAAGGCAGCCACAUUUCCUUUGACGAAGAAGCAGGUUGAGUCAGCAAUGGCGAUGCGAUCUUUACAACCACAGGUGAAGGCAAUCCAAAAACGUUAUGCUGGUGAUCAGGAAAGGAUACAACUUGAAACAGCUCGGCUUUAUAAAUUGGCUGGUGUAAACCCUCUAGCAGGUUGCUUGCCUACUCUAGCUACGAUACCAGUUUGGAUUGGAUUGUAUAGAGCUCUCUCCAAUGUGGCUGAUGAGGGACUUCUCACUGAAGGAUUUUUUUGGAUACCUUCCUUGUCUGGUCCUACUACUAUUGCAGCUCGACAAAGUGGCAGUGGAACCUCUUGGCUUUUUCCUUUUGUAGAUGGUCAUCCACCUCUAGGAUGGUCAGAAACUCUACCGUAUCUGGUCUUACCAGCGCUAUUGGUUGUUUCACAGUACAUAUCAGCUCAAGUCAUGCAGCCACCGCAGAGUAAUGAUCCAAAUCAGCAGAGUGCUCAAGCUGUUACUAAACUCCUUCCAUUGAUGAUUGGCUAUUUUGCCCUUUCAGUUCCUUCUGGGUUGAGUUUAUACUGGUUCACGAACAACAUUUUGAGCACUGCACAACAGAUACAAAAGCUAGGUGGCGCAAAAAAUCCUGUUAGGCAAUUCACUGAUAAUAUAGAUUUGGAUGAACCGCUGAACUCUCAGAAGUCCAUCUCUAACAUGCAGAAAAUUGUCCUUGAAGAUGAAAAUAGAAAAGUAAAUUCUAGUCAAGAAGUAAAAUCAGUGUCAGGACCGCGUCCCGGUGAAAGGUUCAAGCAAAUCAAGGAACAGGAAGAAAGAAGAAGAAAACAAAGAGAUGAAGAGAAGAGGCGCGCAGAAGAGGAUGAAAAUAAGGCAGCGGCAGCUACAGUUUCUCAGAUAAUUACUGAACAAAAAAAUCCAGAGGUUAAAUUAGCAGACAACACAAUUGAAAAGGAUCCGGAAAAGGUCCAGGAAAAAGGGCAGCUUACCAAUACAAAUGGUGGACUCAGUUCUAAAGCUGGUCCAAAAAUCAAUGGUGAUGGAAGCCCUUACAAAGAUACGCAGAAGGAACAAAUUAUGUCGAGCAGCAACCAGGAUCCUGUUCAUGAUACUCUAAACAGACAAGAACAGGCACCCGAGGAAGAUGAGGCUUAGAUACAUUCAAAUUCGUUAUUACAUACAACAUUAUUCAAUCAAGACCAGCUUUCGAUGAAUGCAAGAGGGCAGUGGACAUCCUCAGACAGUUCCACCUUCAGGGUCUCCAUUGCAUUUCUGGUUCAAGAUCGACGCUGCUGCCCCCCUCAGGUUCUUUGUAGACUCGCUGAGAUGAGCUUGUGAUGUAUAUGUCGGAUAUGAAAAGGGAAAGAUUGGUUCUCCUGGGCUUCAAAAGAUAAUCUAAAAAGGCCAAACGAGUUUGUAAAAUUAUAUGUUGGAUGUGAAUAUCAAUAUAGUUUAUAUUUUUCAGGCUUUAGAUAUGUUUUGAGAUGA